AUGGUAUCUAAACAUUUCGAGGCAGGCUAUCCAGAUACAAAAGGUUUCCGAAAAGUUGUCAAGGUUACGAUCAUGGUCAAAAAAAAGGAAGGCAUGUCCGAUGAGGACUUCAUCCAGUACUACAAUAAUCACCAUGCACAGCGAGCGAUGCCUAUAUUGCAGCGACAUGGCAUCAUCAGCUACAGUCUUACCUAUCACUUGGGCCGCGAUAGAAAGAUGAUACAGGAUAUCAUGCACAACCAAGCACAGCUACUAGACUACGACGCGAUCUGCACAUUUGUGUUUCCCGAUUACCUGGCUCUGGCCAGGUUCAUGUAUGACAAGGAAGGUGCAGCCAUGAGUGGGGAUCAUGACAACUUCAUGGAUGAGAGCCAGAUGCGCAUGAUGGUAGGAGACGAAUACAUGUUGAUAGAGGAUGGAGAAAAGGUCGUGUCAUGA